CUUUAUUGUAUAAAUAUUCAUUUACAACAAUAUAUUGCACUCGCAUAGUCCUCUUCCUAUUAUUCCUUUAUAUAUACAUACUCACACACACACACAUACACACACAUAUAUAUAUUAAUAAAACUAUUCUAAAUGAUUAUAUCAAAAUUAUUAACUUCCAUAAUUAUUCUACAGUUGAUUAAACCAUCUUUACAAUUUACAUUUAUACAAGAUGACGUUUUAUCUCUUCCACAUUAUAAAGUUUAUGUAACAAAGGAAAAAGUAGCAAAUACAGAUAUAAAUUCAGAUGAGAAAAAUAGGGUUAUUAUGACUUCUGCUUUAGGACAACCUUUUUCGUGUAUUAUUCCAAAUGUAGAGGUUGAACAAGAGAAAUUAGACAGAGAAAAACUAGAAAACGCCAAAGUAGAGACAGAAGAAAAUAAAAAAAAGAUGAUUGAAAAGGGAUUAAAAUUAUUAGAACCUCUAGAACAAAAUUGUAUCCAAUUUUAUGCUCAUACGAGCCAGUAUUGGGUUUAUGAAUAUUGUCAUAAUCAAUAUGUCCGACAAUUUCAUCUUGAACGUAGUCAUGAUGGUAAUGAAAUGAAAGAACAAGAAACAGCAUCGUUUUAUUUAGGUUUUCAUCCUAGUAUGACACUGGAUGAUAACACAGGAGAUCAUGCUAAUAAUAAAAAGGAGUUAUUGUUAUCAAAGAAAAAGAAAUUGACGCCUAGUCAAGUUUACCUUAAAGCACCCACUGAGUUAAGAACCAAUAAUAAGGGUCAAGAAAGAUAUUUACUACAGAUAUGGAAAGAGGGUUCUAUAUGUGAUUUAACAGGAAAACCGCGUACAGUUGAAAUUCAGUAUCGAUGUGAUUUAUUACAAGGACAGGAUUAUGUAUCUAGUUUUGUUGAAAAAUCUACUUGCAACUAUCAACUUAUUAUAUCAACUCCUCGUCUAUGUGAAGAGAUGGAUUUAUCAAGACGACAUCAUGCUGAAUCUCACCGUAUUAAAUGCAGACCUAUCGUUUCUGAAAAGUGGAUCGAACAAGAACAAGAAGCAGCAGCAGCAGCAGAAGCAGAAGCAAAAAAGGCAAAAGAAGAAGAAACAAAUUCCAUCGUUAUGAAUGAAAAUACAUUAUUAUUGAAUCAAAAAGAUCAAGUUGGAAACCCUGAACAUUUUUUAUUAGAGAUGAUUUCUGAAUUAACAGAUCAAAUCAAUCAACUCAAAUUACAAAUGAAUAACAAAAAAGGAGAUAAAAGAACCCCUUUACUUACAAUAGAUGAACGCGGUCAGAUUAUCUUUUCUGGUAUGAAUGAAUUAGUACUUGGAUUAGAUAAAAAUGAUUAUCAGCAGCAGCAGCAACGAAACCAUUUUAUGACUAAAGACAAGAAGAAUAAAGAACAAGAUGAAAACAAACAAGCAUAUCAUCAAAAGUAUUUUAUAGCAGAACAAUAAUAAAAU